CGCAGCUGGCCCCCAUGCGCCGCGGCGGCCCGUUUGCCGGCGGGCCCUUUAUGCUAGCGGGCUGCGCCUUUUUCCAUCCGGCUAGCAGGGACGGAGGCGGUCUGAGUUGGCCGAGAGCCCCCGCCGCGUGCGCGGGGCGGUCAGCGAACACUGCGCCUCGCGACGCAACGGGGCCGCCGGGCUGUCUCGCCCCCCCCGCCUCCGAGGACGGAAGCUUAGCCGCGGCCCGGGUAGCAAAUGCAAACUUGUGUUGGCCGAUGUCCCAUUCGGGUCCGAGAGGGAUAGGGCGCCCAUUGUGUUGAUAUGGAGGAGCGGAAAGCGCCGCUCAAGUCCUUUGCUGGUAAAGGAGAACCAGGCCUGUCCCGUUUAUUUUGGCCCGAGCGACCCCUUUCGUAUGUUUUUGCGCCCGCGGGCUGCGGGUGGGGUUGCCCGGUAGUCGGUCGGCUCCGACCGCGCCAGGCGGCCAGCGCGGCGGG